AUGACUGUGUUAAGCGCGGCUAUAAGCACGAAGAGCAAAAUUUUGGUUUCUCGGCAGUUCCAGAACAUCAGCAAAUGUGACUUGGAUUCGCUGACCAUCCCGUUCCACAACCUGAUCGAACGGGAGAGGAGCGACCACACGUACAUAGAAACGGACAAAGUAAGAUACGUAUACCAGCCACUGGAUAGUAUUUACAUUUUCCUAAUAACGAAUAUAAACUCUAACAUUAUAGAAGACUUGGAAAUAAUUAAGGUGCUCAGUCAGAUAAUUCAGGACCUAUGUCAGGGGAACAUCAAUGAAAGUACCAUUCUGAAGAAAUGCUUUACCAUCAUAUUUUACAUCGAUGAGUUAAUAAAAAAUGGAGUACGAGAAAUAGUAAACAGUAACCAAAUAAAAACGUACAUUGAAAUGGAGUCCCAUGAAGAGAAAUUACAGACCAUAAUUAGGGAGAAUAAAGAGAAGGAGGAAAAAGAGAGAAGGAAAUUUAUUGCCUCCAAGUUGGAAAAGAAUAGACAGAAACAGGGCAAAGCUGGUAGUAAUAGUUUUCUCUCCAAUGAUGUCCUCACAAAUGUGGACUACAGUACCAACAUGGGGUACAAUACCAACAUGGGUUACAACACCAACAUGGGUUACAACACCAACAACAUUGGUUACAACACCAACAACAUUGGUUACAACACCAACAUGAUGGACCACUUUCUCUACAAAACGGAGGAACCCAGUGAUAUCCUAGAUGAAAGCUUCAAUGCAUAUAGGGGAAUGCAAAUAUCAAACAAAAAAGAGCAAGUGAAAAUUCUAAACGUAGUAGACAGUAAUAAAACGCUCAACAAACCAAACAUUAAUGUAAAUGCCCUGUUCGAUAAGCCCAUCAAUAUAGUCAUAAGUGAGCACAUUAUAUGUACUCUAAGUUCGGAAGGAACCCUCUGCGAUUUGGACAUUCAAGGAACCUUUAACAUGCAAAUAAAUAACCACAAGUAUUCAAAAGUGAUCAUAGAAUUGGAUAACGAAUAUUCUGAUAAGGCCAAGAUACACCCCAUAUUAGACAAAAGUAAGUAUAACUCUAAUGUACUAGAAUUAAAGGAUAAGGGGAAGAAUUUUCGUGUAAAUACUACUUACCCUUUACUCAAGUGGAAAAUAAAUCACCUGAACGAUUCGUAUAUACCACUUAACAUUAGUUGCUGGCCAUGUGAAGACAAUGAAAGUACUCUCCUAAAUUUGGAAAUUGAAAAUAAAAGAAAAAACCCCGACGAUGUGAUAUACGAUUUGAACGUGAAUUUAAUGUGCCCCUCUUCUAGUAAGCCACAGAUUAUGAGCAAAGACAAAGGCAUUAUCGAACAUGAUGGGAUUUUGCUCGCCUGGAAGGUAGAUGCUCUAAAAAGCAACCAGAACUGCCAAAUUGAAAUUUCCAUUCAGUCCAAACCGGAGAGCGUCUUCCCUUUCUCUGUUGAGGCCAAGUCAAACAUACUGGCGCACAAAUUGAACGUUUUGAAGGUCUUUGAUGAGGAUACAAACGAAGACAUUGAGUACGAAAUUAAGAAGAAUAUUACUUACCUCUUCACCAUCAACAAGUAG